GAUAGUUAAACUUUUGAACGUUGUCCAUUUCAUCGAAAGGAUAUCUUUAUAAAUUGCCGUUACUUCCCGCUCGAAUUUCAAGCAGAUAUAAACACAGCUCAAGUACAAAUAAACAUUUGUGAUCGAAGAUCCAAGAGAAUGCUACGGUUUCUGGACAAUCCGUCCUUGUCACGAUUGUUUCAUCCAGGGUUUCUGCUUUACAGUUUGUAACUACACAUCUGUACGUGUCGUGUCGUAUCUCAUCCAAGAUUAUUAUUUUGCAUUUCUUUAGAUCUUCAAAGUAUUCAUGUGCCGUGUGUGUUUCGUGUGCGAGCGCUGUGACGCGAAGAACUCGAUUGCACAAUCGCAUCAAGUUUAUUUUUACCUACAAAGGGUUUUGCUGCUCAUAGAAAUGGAGACAUAUCGAGGUAAUAAAAUUAUCAAGAAAAAACAGCUUUUCUCGUGUCGAGCGAAGAAAAUGAAGCAUUUUCUAAGCGAGGGCCAGAUUUACCUGAACAUGGCGAAUAUUUUGCAUGAGCGCAAUCAGAAAAUGUUUAAGAUGUUUACGAUUAUGUUGAAGGCUAUGGAUAUUUAUUCGAAAUUGAAAAUGCAUCUGCGAGGUAAGGCAAGAUUUGAGGACGACUGGUGGACCGAUGUAGAAAUGGAUAGCGAAGAGGAUGAUUUUGAUGAUGAUUGGUUACACGGGAAUGUAAUACCUUUCGAGUAUGAUGACGAGUUAUCAGAUUUUGAAGAAGAAUUGGGAGAACUGUUUGAAGACAACAAGGUUUGCUUCUAUUGUAUCGGUGAGGUGUACUAUCGCGAGUUUUUGCUGGUGAACAUCGAAUCGCUGUUUAUGCAAAUCAAGAAUCUAUGCGUCGCGUUCACCAGGAGUAGCAUGGCAUUGUCCAUUAAACUAAAUUUCGAGCUGAAAGAUUAUUGUAAGAAAGUGAGAUUAUUUUUACAUAAUAAUUCGAGGAACACGGAAUUGAGACAGAAGAGAUCAUCGCGAGAUGAUUGGCACAAGUACGACCUCUUGGAGCAAUUGCUGGCACGUGUUAACAAGCAUAUUGAUACUCUUAGAAAUGGAACAAUCUCAGGAUUAUAAAAUAGAGAAGAAUAAAAAUCAUUACUUACCAAAUGAAAUAAAUUUCGACCGUUUUUUACAUGAGGGCGUAAGAUAUCUAAGUAUGGUAAAUAAUUUAAAUAGUUGGGUCUUACCGAAUAAUACAAAGAAUAUGAUUUUACGAAAGACUUUGAGUGUUCUUGAGAAGGUAAGACAUCAAAAGUUGUCUAUAGCUUUUGCAAAAGAUAUUGCAACUUAGAAAGAGAAAAAAUUCGCAAAAAAUUAUUACUCUCUAAAAAUAUAAAUUUUUAAACAUGAAAAUUGCUUUUAAAUUUGAUAAAGGAUUUGUAAUUGCACGUCGACUUAUGUAAACUUGGUUACAAUUAUCUUUCAACGUUAUUUUAUAAUUAAUCUUCUACCUUUUUUAUUUAAUUAAUAGUAGUUAAUUAGAGAAAUAUUAUAGCUGUAAUCUGUUUCUCUCCGAAAAGAAAAA